AUGUUAAGGAGUAUUUUUAACCGGUCUUUGCUACGGCAGCCACAUUCUUUUACCAAGAGCAGAGCAUUACUCAUUAGCGCGCAUCGCGGGUAUGCAACAACGAAAGUUGAAAGAGGUAUAGAGUUAGAAACACAUACGGAUAUCCAAGGUGCUUCUGUAUCUGAAACUCAAGAGCAGAGUGGUAUAGCGGCUGGUUCGUCUUUGGAACCUGGAAACACAGUAUUGAAACAUGCUUAUCAGCAAAUUGAAGGGCAUGGUACAAGACCUAUAUAUCUUGAUAUGCAAGCUACGACUCCUACUGAUCCACGUGUUUUAGAUACUAUGCUAAAGUUCUUUACUGGGUUAUACGGUAAUCCUCAUUCUAAUACUCAUAGUUAUGGAUGGGAGACAAAUCAGCAAAUCGAAAUUGCCCGCCAAAAUGUGGCUAGUGUUAUAAAUGCAGACCCUAAGGAGAUCAUUUUCACCUCAGGUGCCACAGAAUCAAAUAAUAUGGCUCUAAAAGGUGUGUCAAGGUUUUAUAAGAAGUCUAAAAACCACAUUAUAACUACCCGUACUGAACACAAGUGUGUGUUAGAGGCCGCUCGGUCAAUGAAAAAAGAGGGAAUUGAAGUUACAUUUUUAGGCGUUGACAAUGAAGGUUUGAUCAAUUUGAAGGAAUUGGAGGAGGCCAUUACUCCUGAAACAUGCCUUGUCUCUGUUAUGGCUGUUAACAAUGAAAUUGGAGUUGUCCAGCCCAUCAAAGAAAUCGGUGAGAUUUGUAAGAAACAUAAGGUAUACUUCCAUACAGACGCUGCGCAGGCUUACGGAAAAAUCCCGAUCGAUGUUAAAGAUAUGCAUAUAGACUUAAUGUCUAUCUCAUCUCAUAAGGUAUAUGGUCCUAAGGGUAUUGGUGCUUUGUAUGUCAGAAGAAGACCCAGAGUUAGACUAGAACCAAUUCUUUCUGGUGGAGGUCAAGAACGUGGUCUACGUUCUGGCACCUUGGCCCCUGCUUUGGUAGCUGGCUUUGGUGAAGCUGCAAGAUUAAUGAAAGAAGAAUACGAUUACGAUUCUGCCCACAUUCGUUAUUUAUCUGAUAAGUUAAAGAAUGGUUUGCUUGCUGUUGAACAUACUACUUUGAAUGGAUCUGCAGAUCGCAGAUAUCCUGGUUGUAUAAACGUUUCGUUUGCUCAUAUCGAAGGUGAAUCUCUACUCAUGGCGUUACGUGACGUUGCAUUAAGUUCUGGUUCUGCCUGUACUUCAGCAUCUUUAGAGCCAUCAUAUGUGUUACACGCCCUUGGGAAAAACGAUGUUUUAGCUCACUCGUCUAUUAGAUUUGGUAUCGGUAGGUUCACUACUGAAGAUGAAGUUGACUAUGUUAUAAAAGCCAUUACAGAGCGCGUACAGUUUUUGCGUGAACUAUCGCCACUUUGGGAAAUGGUCAAGAGCGGUCUCGAUCUCGAUUCUGUUGAAUGGUCUGGCCAUUAA